UAUAAACCUGGCGACAAUCAUCUUGUUGAUAAUGGCGAUGGGUUAUGUUGCAAGAUGGAUGUCAAUUCGAACUGUUGAGAAGCUGCAAUCUACCACUAACAAUGAUUCAAAGGAAUUUGGUGUACAUGCAAGCCAUUCAAGAUCUUUGUUAUUAGACAGGGAUAGGCUCCCUAAUCAGACUUGGAUCAGCAACAAAGAAACAGUGAUAUUCAACCAGCAUUCUGGAGCUCUUGAACACGAUGAUCGGUCAAGAAGGUCCACAGCAGUAGUGUCAGGUGGAACAACUGAUUUGAAGCUGAGGAUCGCUGUUCCCAUUAAAAAUGGGUUCCAAGAGUUUAGAAAGAUAGAUCAUGAUUCAAAAGAAAACCAAUUGAUAGUGAGCGGUUUCGUUAUAGAGGUGUUCAAGAAUGCGAUGGAUGCUUUGCCUUAUCGGGUCUCCUGUGAAUUCAUUCCCUUUGCAAAUGGCCAUGAAAAUUCCUCAGGAUACUACAACGAUCUCAUCUACCAACUAAACCUCAGAAAGUAUGAUGGGGUUGUGGGAGAUGUAACAAUAAUGGCAAGCAGACUGAAGCAUGGGGACUUUACUGUUCCAUAUAUGAUGUCUGGAGUCGCCAUGAUCGUGCCGAUAGAGGAGGAAAACGGCAUGAACAGUAUCUGGUGGUUCUUCAAGCCACUUUCGAUGGAAACGUGGCUGCUCAUAAUCACUCUUUUCAUGUUGAAGGGGGUUCUGGUUUGGAUUUUUGAGCAUGAAACAAACCAGGAAUUCCAAGGCACACCUUCAGAACAAGUUGGGAAGAUCCUCUCCUUCUCUUUCUCUAUAUUCGUCUUUGCUCAAAAGGAAAAGCUUGAAUGCAACUACUCAAAGUUCAUUGUAAACCUGUGGAUGUUCAUGGUGUUUGUAAUUGUGACCAUAUAUGCUGCGAAUGUGUCAUUGAUGCUAUUGAUCGAGUCGCCACAACUGACUGUUACCAACCUAGAGUCAUUGAUUGAGAAUGGCGACUGUGUUGGGUAUCAGAAAGGAUCGUUUGUGUUUGAGCUUUUGAAGCAAUGGGGAUUCCAAGAGUCGAAGCUCAAAGCAUAUGCCACUGAAGCAGAGUAUGCAGAAGCCUUAUUGCGAGGGAGCGGCAACAAUGGAGUUUCAGCUAUAGUCGACGAGAUUCGUUAUAAAAGAGUCUUCCUCACUCAUUAUGGCCAUCGCUACGCUAUGGGCAGUCUGACUCAUGUUACAGGCGGAUUUGGCUUUGUGUUUGCGAGAGGUUCAAAAAUAGUUCAUGACAUUUCUGUGGCCAUCUUAGAACUGGAGGAAAGAGGAAUCAUAUCCAACAUAAAGAGGAAAUGGUUUGAGCCCAUAACAUGUCCUGACCCACCUCAAAGCUCAUCAACUUACAAGAAGCUGGACCCACACGUCUUCCGUGGCCUCUUAAUUUUCACAGAAGCUUCUACCGGUGCAGUUCUCAUCCUCUUCAUCAUCCUCUGCAUUUAUAAUAGAUUCAUGAAGGAUAGCAUUACAGGACGAUGGGAAAGGAUCAAAGAUAGCAUUACAGGACGAUGGGAAAGAAUCGAAGCCAUUCUUUCCCACUUGUACAACUACCGGUGGGCCAAUUCAUCCCAAUCAACGGUGGAGAUUAGCAGCCUCCAAGAAGCUGAUACUAGUAGCCACAUGAAUGAGGGAGGCCCUGACGUGUAAGGAGAUAAAAGAGUAAGGGUCAUGGAGAGCUAAAUGAUAAUAGCACGAAUGUGGAGUGUAAUGCUUUGUUCUGUGGUCCAUGUUUCAGCAAUCCAAACCAUCUGUCUGAUCAAUGGUUUGGAUCACUGGCCAUGGGCCCCAUAUGUAGAAAUCACGUGUAUCACAAGAUGUACUAGGAAAAUUUUAUAUGGUGUACCUGUAUUUUGAAGACA